AAUACAAUAUAUACAUAUAUGAAGUAAUCGGUAAGUCAUGGGUGAUUCACCAGACGCUGUGAGCAAGGAGCAAUUUCCUGAAUCGAUUGGUAAGGAAGCUAUUCCAGAGCAAGCUGUAAGAGAAAAACCAAAAGCCAAAGAGGGUAAGGAUAAAAAGGCCAAGGAGGAUGAUAAAGGUACUCGGGUAUCUGCAAUACAAACGGGUUUGACUGCAAAGCAACCGGUUGUACGCUAUGCGCCCACUUAUCGCCUAGAGCCAAAAAAUCCAUUGAAACAUGAACGACUGGAGAUAAUCGUCAAGGCUGAAAUGAAUAAGCAUUAUGGGGAUGAUUAUACAUUCCAUCCAAAGUACUCUCUGCAUAUGGCUGCUCAGGUCGCAGAGGAUAUUAAAAGUCGCAUCAAGCUAUUGAAUUUCGAUAGAUACCGUUAUAUAGUGCUGAUUAACGUUGGUGAGUACCUCAUGCAAGGCCUCUACUCGAUGGCCAACUUUCUAUGGGAUGCCGAAAAGGACGGUUAUGUGAACUACAACAUUCAGACGACAAAAUUCUUUGCAGUCUGCACAGUAUUUUAUAUUUACUACGAUUGAGGAGCCAUUCAGGAGUCUUAUGAUGGCUGCAAACUGAAUACCAUAUACUAAUACAAAACAAUAAAUAAUAAACAAGAUUGCCAGUAUAAUAUGCUUUGCAUAAAGAGCCUAAGACAACAAAUUGAGGGAGGAAUCAACAAGAACAGUAAAUAAAUAUAAAUAUAAGAACCUAAAUAACAAAAUUUAUAUUUAUAGUGCUUCGAUCGCAUCCCUUCACCGUUUGCUGAAUAAAAUUCGAACUUUCUUUUA